AUUUUGUAAACACGAGACGGGCGCUACAGCGCCGCAAUCCACGUGUAAUCUACGAACACAAAGAACACGUAGUUUGUGGAUAAGGAUACAGUUUCAUUUUUAAAAGCCAAGUUUUUAUAAAGAAAUGUUUUGUGACAUCCAAUAUGGCUAGAUAAUUCGUAUUUACCUGCCGUUUGGUUUUAUUAACAUUUUCCCCCUAUUUUUUGACACACCGGAGUUAUUGUAUCGGAACGUUUAAAACAGGAGGUUUUAAUUCAGAAAAUCUAUUUCUCUGUUUGAUGUGUCGAAAAAUAUGAUGGAUGUUGUGUAUCGAAGUUAGUGUUUGCUGAACACAUACUUUUGGAAGUCUAUUAUUAAACUUUAUAGACGUUGGUGCUGCUUUAAUUGUGUGCUAAUAGGACAAUAUUUUGCUCAGAAAAGAGGAAAACUGAAACUACAUUUCAAGUGACAAUUUGGAUUAUGUACAAGCUUGGUAUUUACAUGUAAUUUGUUAAGUGCCAUCUUCGAAAGAUUUUUUUUCUAUUCAAUGGCUUUUUAUUCCCAUGACAGACUUGCAUGUUGAAGCAUCAGUAAUGUAAAUCGUUACCAAAGUAUGUAUGAAUGUCUUAUGCAGCUGGAUAUUUUCUGUUUCAACUCAUGCGCAUUGACACCUGACAUAAAAGACAUACAUGACCACCCCUCAAACGAGGGGUUUACCACCCUAAGCAGUAUGGAAUAACUUCCCCUUGUCCAUCUUAAAGUGACGUCAUAAUCUCUGAGGUCUGAUGAUGUCGUCGAAAUGUACAGACCUACCAGAAAAGGCCCCGGGCACCGGUCCUUGCUCCCGAAGACUCUGGGUAUUCCUGGUCUUAGGGGCGGUAGACAUUGUGUUAGGCCUUAUCAGCGUUGGCCUUUAUUUCAACAUUCAGGCAAUCACCACCUCUGACAGUUUGACGGAAGUGAUACCCGGGUAUAUCGUUUGUCUUGUGGUCCUUCUAAAAGGGUCCAUUGUGCUUGUUUUAUUUUGGUUGCGGCCAUCUUGUCUGAUAUUUGUCUGUCUUGCGGUGGCUACAGGUUGUGGACUUCUUUGUGUUGUGUCGGCCAUCUUGUGUGUGACGCAUGUCCUUCAGCCAAUCACAAACCUCGACUCAUGUACCUAUGUCAAGCAGGAAUCAGUUUGCGAAUGUAAAUCGUCCUAUCGGAGAGAUGGCUUAACUGUAGAAUUUCUCCCUGCAGAAAAAGAUAAAAUAAAGUUUGAAAGAAGCACUAGCUGUGAGGACAUUGAAUCUAUACUUCCGGUCCUAUUAUAUGCUGAGUGCGCCCUCUAUUUGUGUAUAUUCAUCGUGUGUACCAUCGUCGCUGUCCUCUCAUUCCUCAUCAUAAAGUUAGAGAAAAGAAAUAUUUUAAGGAAUGAAACGUAUGAAGAGAUUUUUACCGUAAGCGGGGGAUCUUCCUGCAGUGAAAGUGACGGCGAACCGGAAGCAGACUCCACUCCCACAUCUGAAGGAAAUACCGGACCGGGAAGACCGGAAGUACCCAGUCAGCUAGACGGCAGGAACACCUGCCCACCCGGGAUCCUAAAAAAUCAGGAUAAACAUGAAAUUCUUGUAGAAAAAUCUCUCUCGCGUUCAAAAUCAUGCGAUUCUAUUGAUCUAAUUUACGAUGCCUCCGAAAGCGACAAGGUAAAAAAGGGCCGUCUUAAAGAACAUAGAAGAAGGGAGAGGCGCGCUGUCACUCUCAACAACCUCGACUCGAAACAGUUACUGUUGAUUUUAGAUCUGCAGAGAAGAUAUCAGGAAGAAACUCGCUUGUUGAAAUCUCAGGGAAAUCUGAAUAUUACUCCGCCCGGUGCGACACCUAGUGCGGACAUCACUAUCCAAAGAAGGGCAAUAACUCCUCAACCGUAUAGAAAACCUAAUCCCAACACUCUGCCACGUUCACAUACACCACAACCUGGUCCCGUUAGUGGCUGUAAUAUCAGAAUGGGUGAAUUAGCUCGCGAUCUACAGAAUUGUCUUAGAGAGAGAGAAUCUGCUACGCAGAUUCAAGAACCACAAAGAAAAACUGACGGAUCUGACGACAAGAAACUGAUGCCUCAGAACGACGGUUAUGUUCAUAUGGCUCCAAGACCAAAGUCCCGUCCAUCUGUACAAAAAUACUUUCUUCCACCACACCCAGUACAGAGGUGCAGAUCCACAUCUCCGUUCACCAACCCGCGCCAUAGAAGGACUUCUCCUUCUGAACAACUGCCGUCUCAACCGAAAUCGCGAACGCUUGAUCCGACGACACUGUUACCACCCGCACCCAUACAACGAAACGGAUCCGCAUUCCAAUUAGUAGGACAUCCUGUUGGACCAAUGUAUAAUAAAGGAUCUGUUUCUCACGAUGUUGUGUUCCGAACACCUGGAGAGGUUUUCUGCGAAAAUGCAAUCCGGGACAAUUUCAAACUGUAUUCAAGUCCUUUUCUCUUAAAAAAUACGAAGCAGGGGCGUGUUGACUCUGUGUCUGGUUCAAACAUAACACCGCCUUAUUCAGGUCCACCGUCGUACACGGACUUUCUUUCUAGAACGGAUUCUGCCCAGGAAUCCGGAUCAGAGCAUAUAUAUGAGACGUACGAAAACAUCUCAGAAACAAAAUCACCUUCGAAAAAGGUCUCAUCUCCGAAAAGGAGUCCCAAGAAAAUGAGUGACAUUGUUCAAACUACAGAGAGUGAGGACGACGUGUUUCUCCCUGUUAAGGCCUCGCCAUGUGGUGCAAAUUCCUCACCCUUACAGCCUUAUAUCCCCGCGUAUAACGACUCCAGUCGUAGACGAAAACCAAAGAAACGAAGUGGGCGACAGAAACAGGCAGCCAAUGAUAUCGCUGAUUUCAUUAGUCACGUGAGUCCUUCUAAGACCACAACAAAGUCAAGUGAUUUCAUUCAGCAUCAGAGCCCUCCACAAAAUGACAAUGUAUAUGCAAUAAGUGCCAAAGCAAGAACUAAAUCAGCAAACAUUGACACUGAAUGCGAAAGCGAAAGCCGAAGUUCUGGAAAAUUGAACACAAACAAUUUUCCACAAAUGCGUUCUAAUUCAGCCAGUGCAUCGGAAGAAAAAGUAGAUGAAAAACAAUCGUCAAAGAACGAGACAAGUUCGACGAAGCCAGGGAGAUUUCUCUCUGGAUAUGUUAUUGGAGCAAGAGGUUAUUCCAAACGUAUGUCUGAGAGUUCCGGAUGUACGUACGAGGAUGUGGAAGAAUCAUCAAUAGGAGUUUCAAGCCAAGCAUCUCUAAUCUCAAGUAGUGACGAGAUAACGCGAGAAUUCAAUAGAGCAAUAGAUGAGAUCCACCCAGGUCUGGGCGAUCCAAGAGUUCUGGAGACUAUGAUUUGACGCAUGUGCAUUGUUAAGUUCCUCUCUAGACAUUUAUUGAUUAAAAGAUUUCAUGUAAAUUUCUGCAAAUUAAUAUGAAAUAACGUGUAAUGAAAGGGUGGGGGUCAAGGAAUAACAAGCACACAAGUGAGAUUGUGAAUUUGUGUUCUGUUUACAAAACACUGUUUAUUAUAUACUUUGUAUGUGAAUGUGUUCAGUCAGAUUUUAUGACAUUAUUUUCUGUUUUACCUUUAUAGAUUUACUUUUGUAAUGUAGUUAUGUCGUAUUUGCGGCUGACAUAGAAAUAAAUUUAAAUUAUAUG